AUGAAAAACAAAUGUAUUCAAACAGAUAUCAGUUACUUUAGAAGAACAGAUGAGUAUUCAUAAACAAUAGAUCAUGAUUUUGAAUAAGCAUUACAAUUGUAAAACAAUCCUAAAUUGAUUUCAAUAAAAGAAUAAUUUAAGUAAUUGUAAGAUAUAUACCCUUACGAUAUUCAUUUAAAUUAUGAAAAAGAAGAGUCAAUUCAAUUUCAAUUAUAAUUAAAAAGCUUUUUAGAUGAAUAAUCUACAUCUUAAAUUGUUCUUUUGAUUAAAGGUCCUAUAUUUUCAAUUGAUGUAUUAUUUAAUUCAACAUUCUUAUAAGAAGAGAAAUAAGAAAUUCUAAAUAUAGUUUCUAAUUGUUAAAAUUCUAAUCUAUUGGAAACAAUAAUUUAAUUAGAAACUAAAUUAACUGAAAUUGAUAAAGAAUUUAUUAAAAGAAGAGCAGUAAAUUAAUACAAAUUUGUUAAUAAUUAUUAAUAAGUGGAAUAAUAUAGUGAACUUUAAAUAGCAAGAAGUAUAUCAAAUGUAUUUGGUAAUAUAAGUGAAGAUAUAGAUAUGAAGUAAUCUAUUCUAGGUUUUGAUUCAUUUAAGGAUCAUUUAGUAGAAAAGUAUGACAAUUCAGAACCUCAAUUUCAUCCUGUUUCUACAUCAAUUCCAAUUGAAUAAAUAUCUUAAUUAAAAGCAUGUAGUUUUUCUAGAUUUUAAUAAGAUUUUUCUGAAAUACAACUUAUAGGAAGUGGAGGUUUUGGUAAAGUAUUUAAAUCUAGAAAUAAAUUUGAUGGAAAUUAUUAUGCUUUAAAGAGAAUUGUUUUAGAUUAUUCAAAUAAAAAAUUAACUGAAAAAACUAAAAAUGAAGCUGUUUUAUUAUCUAGAAUACAACAUCCUAAUAUUGUAAGAUAUUAUCAAGCAUGGACUGAAGAAUAUGUUAAAGAUUAAUAUGAAAAUAUUGAAGAUGAUGAAGAAUUUGUUGAAGAUUCUGAAGAAGAAUCUGAAGAAGAUGAACCAUAAUAAUUAAGAAAAGGUAGUAGUAUAAGUUAAGAAGAAUAUUAUGAAGAAGAUAUAUAAUAUGAAUAUUAAGAUAAUAAUGAUAUGGAUUUUUAAAUUGAAUGGGUAAAUGGUGAUCAAUAAAAUUAAGAGGAAUCCAUUUAAACACCUGAAAUCAAACCUCAUUAACCAAAAUAAAAUAGUAAUAAAUAAUUAUUAUAUAUUUAAAUGGAAUAUUGUACAGGAGAUACUUUAAAAAAAAAGAUUGAUGAACAAAAUCUUACUUCAGAAUAAAGAAAAAAGAUCAUUAGAUAAAUUUUAGAUGCAUUAUAUUAUUUACAUAGAAAUAAUAUUAUUCAUAGAGAUUUAAAACCUUAAAACAUCUUUUUGGAUGGAGAUUUAAAUGUCAAAUUAGGUGAUUUUGGUCUAGCUACAGAAAUGAAAUAGGAAAUUAAAUUCAUUGAUCAUAAAUUAAUGAGAAAUUCAAGUAUGAUAUAAACUAAUCAAAAUCAAAGAUCAGGUUUAACUUCAGGAGUUGGUACUUUCUUAUAUUUGGCACCUGAAUAAGAAUAAAGUUAAUAUGAUUCAAAAGUUGAUAUUUAUUCUUUAGGUAUAAUUUUAUUUGAAAUGUAUUAUCCAUUUAAAACAGAUAUGGAAAGAAUUAAUUACAUUACUUAAUUAAGAGAAUAAUGUAAAUUUCCAAAAGAUUUUGAUUAAAAAGUUGGUAUGGUUGAUAAUGAAAUUAGAGAUAAGAUAACAGCAUUAGUGAACAAGGAUCCUUAAAAAAGACCUGCUACAUAAAGUCUCCUUAAUGAAUACAAAGACAAAAGAGUUUAAUAAGUAAUUAGAUCUAUUGCUAAUCCUAAUUGUCCUGAUUUUAAUGAAUUAGUUUAAACACUUUUUGAAUGUAAACAAUUAAAAUAAUAAAAUAAUUUCUUUACUUCCUGUCUAGAGGAAGCUAUUAGUUAAAGUCCUGAGACAUUUUUUAAAAAUUUUUAAUCUGGUAUUAUAGAAUUAUAUACAAGAAUUGAAAAGAUAUUUAAAUUAAGAGGAGCAUUUUAAUUAAAUUUUAAUCCCCUUAUUCCUACAUAAAAUAUAUUGAAAUUUUUAUCUAUAAGUGGUUAAAUUGAAGAGUAUGAAAAUUGUCUUUAUUAAAAUUCAAGUUUUAGAUAUAUAACUUAAGAAGGAGAAUUAGUGUAAUAUUGUCAAAAUCUAAUUUAGCCAGUAAUUUAUUGGUUGAAAUUACUUCCACUUAAUAAUUUUAAAAGAUACACUUUAGGUGAAGUCUAACAUUCUGAUAGGCUUUAACUCUCGAAACAUAAUUGUGCAUCAUAUGAUAUUAUAUUAGAACAAGAUCCAGGACCAAUAAAAUUUAUUGAAUUAUUAAGUAUAUCUAGAGAUGUGAUAAAUUAAUUUCAUAAUUUGAAUAAUUUUGAAUUGAAAAUCAGUCAUACAUAAUUCUUUGAAUUAAUUCUAUUAGAAUUAGAUUUCAAUUCUUAAACUGUUAUAAGAAUGUUAAGACAUUAAACUAUUUUACAAAAAAUUGCAAAACUUAAUUCAACUAUUAAUGGAAGUUAAUAAUUUAAAGAUUAAUAAAAAGAAAUAAUUUUAAUAUUAAGUGAAGAGUUCAAUUUUACUGAUGAUAAAGCUGAAAAGUUUCUAGCACUUAUGACUUUAAAAAUACCAUAGAUAUAUAUAAAUGAAACUCAUCAUUCAUCAAAAACUAGUGAAAGUGGUAGAAAAACUUAAGAACCUAAACCAAAAAGAACAUUAAGAGAAUAGUUAAAGGGUUAUUUUACUAAAUAAGAAUAAAGAUUUUAAGAAAUAAUAAGUGAAAUUGAAAAAUUUGAAGAACUUGCAAAAGAAACAUAAGUUUUAUGUGAUUUUAAAAUAGUUUAUGAAGUAUUCUAAAUGAAUGAGUUAUGGUAUUAUUAUUCUGGAAUAUGUUUUGAAGUAUAAUAUAUUUAUAUUAAUUUUUUUAGUUUGUUGAGAUUAGAAAAGAAUAAACAUAUUUAAGUAAGAAUAUGUAAUAUGAGAUUAUGCAUUCAAGAUCUGAACCUGUUACUAAAAACAAGUAUAUUAUUUUUUUUAUUAAAAUAGUUGUCCGAAAAGACAUCAGAAAGGUAAUAUUGAUAGUUUUAUUAUUGGAGGAAAUUACAGUCAUUAUAUAAAUAAUAAAGAGAAUGGGAAACAUGCUUGUGGGAUUUAAAUAUAUAUGGAUUAAUUCUAUUAUAGAAAAUUUGUUAAUCAUUUGAACAACAAUUUAAAUGGUAGAGUAUAAUAAACAUUUGAUAUAUUUAAAUGGCCUGAUUGUUUAACUAAUUUUAAGAGUCUUACUUUGAGUGUAUUAAUUGUGGUUGAAAAUUUAUAAAUGAAAUAAGCUGUGAAUUUAGCUGUUCGUUUUUGGAAUUAUAGAAUAGCUGUAAUUAAAUGUUAUAAUUAUAAUAGACAAUGAUUGUAUGUAGUAAGAGUUUAAAUAAUUCAGCAUGGAGUUAUAAGAGGAAUGUAGAAAUAAAAUUGAGUUUAACUAAAAAAUUAAAUGAAGUUAAAUGUAUAAUGAAGAAAUAUCGUGAAAAGAAAGAGGAAGAAGUUCCAUAUUAAGAGAUUUUAUAAAGGACUAUAAGUUAUUUAAAAGAGUAUGUAAAAAAUGAAGGAGGUGAAUAUAAAUACAGUAAAAGAGCAUAAUCAAAAUAAAAAUAGUGAUUAUUAUUAACGAC